AUGUCUUCAAAAAGAAACAGAUCUGAAGGUCCAUCAGCUGAGAACUCAGCCCAAGACUUUGAGGACCUUGUUUCGAGUACCGGCCGCCCAAAAAGAAGAGCUGCUACACGUAACGUAAACUACUCCUUAGAUUCGUCGUCUUAUCGACGUGCAUUGACCGAGUCUACGGCGGGUGCGUCGAAGUCCACGUCGACGACGACAAACGGUAAUAACAAAACAGUCAAAAAUAAAACGACACGUGAAAAGCGAAUGCGGCUGUCUGAAGAGGAGUCGAUCGAGCAGCAAAAGUCUGUAAGAGUUACGCGAUCUUUACGCUCGAAACGCGUCUCUACUGGUGAUAAUGAGGAACAGAAAUCUUUAUCGCAAAAAUCGAUGACAUCAUCUACCAAAACAAAUAGCAGUAAAGGUCAAGAAGAAAAUAAUCCGCGAGAAAUUUCUGAUGACGAGGACGAGGAUCAAGAGGAAGUGAAAAAGAUUUCAUCAUCGAAGGAUAAACAGCCAGUGAUCGAGAUACCUGGUGGUGGUGUUUCAGAUGAUCAAGAAACAAUAGUAAGCGAAGAAAGUGACGACCCAAUAGGCUUCAAAAAUCAAACAGCAUUAUCAGUCUCUAGCACAUACAGAAUCACUCGCAACCGCACCGCUCAACUAGAAAAAGUUAUUGGUGUCCCCAAAAAGAAACCAAUUUCUCUGCCGCGGAAAAAGGUCUUAAAACUCAGAGAACGAGAAAGUGAAGACGAUUCCGAUUUCGUUAUGGAACCGCGAAUGAAUACGCGAAGCAGUCGUCGCUCGCAACGGACCGUAUCACAGAAAAAAGUCUCAUAUAAAGAAGAUGAGGAUUACAUGGUCAUUAGUGAGGAGGAGGAUGACACUGAAGAAGUUGAAAAGGUAAAAAAAAAAGCUGCAUUACCUAAACGUGAAAAAAAACGGAUUGUUAUUUCAGAGUCGUCCUCCUCAGACUCGUCAGACACAAAAAAUGAAUUCGAAGCGGCACAUCAAAAGUUCUGUCAGCAUUGCAAUACGCUGGGAUACUACAACGCGACCAAUAAUCGCAAAUACGCCAACCAGGAUAAAGUACUUAUGCUGUGCGAGUAUUGUUCGAGUGCUUAUCAUCGUGGAUGUGUCGCGGAGCAUAACUUGAACGCGAGAAAAUUCAAAUGUCUAAAGUGUCUCAAAGAGGUGCCAAGUUGCUUAGAAUGCGGAGUCAGCAGGCUUGCAAAUAAGAAAAAAGAAAAGGAUGAUGAUGAUGAUUCGGAAAGUGAGGUAAAUUCGGUUGAAGAUGGCUUGUUGAAGCUAUCAAUUGAGACUGGAAGUGGUUUUGAUAGGACAUUUUUUCGAUGCCACCGAUGCUAUUAUACCGCUCAUUAUCGGUGUCUUCAACCGUUGAAAGGUGAAUUGAGAAUGAACAGUGAUACAUCGUUAGAACGCUGGAUCAAAAUGUACAGAAAAGAUUGCAAGUGCAUUGAAUGCCUCACGUGGGACUAUGAAAUAGAUAAAAUUUUAACAUAUGAAGUAGUCCCCAAAAUUAAAAAAGGAAAAAACGUAGCAAAAGCAUCAAUUGAUAAUGAUCGAAGAUACCUCGUAAAAUUCAAACAAAGAUCCUAUCGAAAAGUCGAUUGGGUUUCUGAACGAUGGUUGAUGAACGUCUCGCCCAGUUUAUUCCGCUCUUUCAAAAAGAAAAAUCUUCCCCCAUUGCGAAAAGAGGAUGUCAUCCAGAGCGAAUGGACAAAAGUUGAUCGUGUUCUUGAUGUUUUCUAUGAAAAUGACGCGAUGUUAGCGAACAUAGAGUUUGCAAAUAAGAGUGAGGAAGAGGCGUCUAUUUAUCAAGUGAAACAAGCAUAUGUCAAAUGGCAGGGGUUAACUUAUGAAGAGGCCACUUGGGAAGAAGAUUUAGAUCCAAAUGACCAAGAUUUUAAAGUCGCGUAUAAAGAACGCUUAAAUUCAAUGAAGAUUAAACCUGGGAAAAAGAUUAAAUCUAAAGGUGGUUUCAGGGAAUUCCAAGAACAACCUUCCUAUAUUCCUGGGAAAUUGAUGGAUUAUCAAAAAGAUGGUGUAAAUGGUCUAGAGAAAAAUCUUGCCUGUUGGCAGAUGAUAUGGGGCUCG